AUGGUGGAUUCCCCGUUUGCUGAGGAGCCGCUAUCUGCAACUCAGCCAGCAACUACACCCGCCGGUUUUUCCAUUGGGGGGGCCCCAAGAGGGGAUGCCGCUCCAUCUGUCCCUACGACGCUCGUCGUUGAGAGGGACAACAGCGCUGUCUCUCCAACCGCAGCCCUUAGUUUCCCUUUGAAGGCAUUCGUGUCGACUAUUAGCAGCAUUAGAGAAACACAGGAGGGCACGGCAGCUGACCUAUACCCCUCCCUCCUUCCCCUGCCAGCCUCCACGUCUGUGACUCACGUGCGCAGAUCUUCUGCCCACAGUGGGGCCUCAAUAUCACCAUUCCGUCUCACUGUCAAGGGCCUUCCGGAUGACGGAGAAGGAAAGCAUAGCAGUUCCUCGAAGGAGUCCAUGGUCCAAGGCACCAGUGAGAACGUAGAUCCCGUACAACUCCAAAUGGAGCAGCAGCCGCAACAACAAGAAGCAGAAGCAUCCCUGAAGAAUGGGGGGUCUUCAUUUGUAGCUUCUAGUGUGGAGCGCCUCGCAUCAUCGGGUCGUUCCAGUCCUCUGCUGGAAGAGGUAGCCUCGCCUCGACCACUUGAAGCAGCGCCUGUCACCAGCUCUACUCGUGCAGGGCAGCAUGAAGCGGCGGCAUUUAUGCUUGAACAACGCAUUGAUGCAGCAUGGCAAAAACAUGUGAGAUCCUGGUGUAGUACAACUAGCUCUGUGAACACUUCCAUCUCGGACUUGAGAUUGCGCGAGGAGACUCGACGCAACACAAAAAGAAACGCUUCCCCGCUUAGUGCCAGGAAUCUACGUGCCCAGUUGCAGCGGCAGAGACAACAACGCUUCAGGAAUAGCAGCAGCCCUCUACAUCCUCAGCAGACAGUAGCGGCUGCCUCUGCCUCUGCUCCCACCACUCCCUUGCGGUUCCAUGUAACCUCCCGGCCGCAGCAGCGAAGGGACGGCUCCCAAGGCGGCACGCCGCAGAGGACCGAACGUACAGGAGCAAUAGCAGCUUCAUCUGCAGCGACAGAAGCGCCCGCUGGUACAGCUGUCGCUGCGGCAGCAGCAACCCCAACUGCCGAGCGUCCCACCACAGGAUGCAGUCCGGUGAGGAGCAUCUUGAGAGUUGCCUCGGGGUCUGGGAAUGCGAACAGUCUUUCUAUUCGCCGUGUGGUCUUUACGCCUGUCCCUAAGUCUCAACGCUUGACUGCUGGUGAAGUGGGGGAAGCAUCUUCACAGCUCGGCCAGAGGGGUGCUGCCGAAGGGGAAACCGCUCCGGGCAUCUCUGCUACAGCACCAGUGGAGCCUGCAGGAACAGACGCGGAUACGCCUGUGCCUGAGUGUGGCGAGCAUCGAUCAUCCAUGCGCCCAGAUUCCGUCCCUACACUCGAACAGCAGCAGAAUGAAGACGAGCAGCAGCAGUGCAUCUCCGUCAUCAUCCCCACUGAACCUGCACGCCACUCCUGUGAAAUCCUCAGGCGGGGCUCGGCAACUGACUCUCCCCACCAGCAUCAGCAGCAACAUGAGCAGCCACAGUCAGAUGGGAGUCGUGAUGAGUCUCAACAGUUGCAGCAGCAGCACAGCGAGGGUACCCAAGGAGAUACGCCAAAUGCGAAAAUGCAACUGGGAGCUGAAGGUUUCCCAGUGGGUGUGGCUGCCACAGAUGCAGCAGCAAGAACAGCAACAAUGCACGCGGAAGCGCACGCGACGCGAACGGUUACGUUGGCGGAACCCGCAUCUAAGUUAGUUUCGGCCAUAACGACGGAACCAGCUGCGGAUCUCGGCGUACGGUCUGAAGAUACUGAGAUAGCCAUGAAAGUGCGUGAAUCCGCACCUGCAGUACCAGAAGCAACGGUGGUUCAUAGUGCCGCAGCAACGCCAGCAGAAGUGGGAACCUACGGCGGCCCAGAAGCGGGAACCAAAGAGCAUAGUGCUGCACAGGUUCCGCGGGUCGCGUUAGCGACAGAAGUGCAACUAUCUACGGGAGGGACAGCCAGCGAAGCUGAGUCUGCAGGACGGCCGUUCGGAGCUGAAAUGAGCGAUAAUUCCAUGGAUUCUGUAGAGGCAGACGCAAAUAGCGAAAGCGUUAGCUACUGCAGCUCUUCUACUCGUGUGUUGGUGGUGAACAGUGAAGGAGAGACGGAGUUGCUUCUUCGAUCAGCUUCUUGCCUUGUUGCCCCGGCCCUUAGCGAACCUUUACACGCAGAUCCAACUCCUCUACGGAAGGCCCCUCUCAGACCACCAUCUGGGCCUGAGGCACGCUCAGCUGCAGCAGCAGCAGCAAGGGCCCGCUCAUCGUGUCUUGGUGCAUCUCCGUUUGCUGCUACUUCUGGCCUCCCAGCAGAAGCUGCUGCUGCCGGUGCUGUAGAGGACCCCUCAACAACAGCAGCGGCUGAGAAGACUCCUCAACAGAUAAGCGAUGAGGAAGUAGAUUUUUUUCGUCUACAGGCUGCAUCGGCAAGGCGUCUGUCGGUAGAGCAGCAACAACACGGGCAAGGUCCACUGCGUACUUCAGAUGAAGAUACUGGAAUAGCGCCAGGCUGCGGAUCGGGGAUGCACCAAGAAAACUUGACUUACACAGGGGAAUUAGAUAGAUGCGGGUCAACAGCAGUCCCUUCUGCUACUUCUGGCCUGGCUGCAGUUGAAACGCAUACUGACGGGGGUCGCUCAAACCCGCAGAGUCAAGCUGCCUCUUGUGGCGAGCUAUUGGAAAAACCGCAAGAUCAGCAGCAACAAACUGUGAACGGGGAGAGGGAGCAGGACUCGCCUGACGCUUCUGAGACGUCCUCAACACCAGUAACACCAUUUGCGGGUCCUGAUCCUCUGAGUGGAGACGCGCCGCUUUCGCCCAGGCUGGAAGUCCCGUCAAGCAGAGGGAUGUCGCGAAUCGUGACUACUUCAGCAAUGUCGUUCCUUCUUAGCGUACGGCAUCAACUUGAGGCGGAGGCAGCAGUUCAACAAGACCGGCAGCAAGACCAACGGCAGCUGGAGCACCCGGGGGGAGAUGCAUCCUCCCACGACUUGCAUGAGCCAGGCCUGUGCAAGGAAGGCGGCGAAGCAACGGAAGAGGAUUCACAGGCGGUGCAGCAGCACCAGCAGCAGCAACAGCAGUUGGAACAGCAAAAGCAGCAGCAACUGAAUGCCGAGGAGCCGCAGAAGCAACUCGACGAGGCCGCCGUCAGUCCUUCUAGCAACCAUCAGCAGCAGCAAGAGGUAGACAGCGAGCAGACACCUGGCGAACCACACUCUGUGGCAGAGGCAGAAGGCGAUGAUGCACUGGCUGCCGCUGCUGCUUCGGCUAUGGCAGGUGCUGCCACUAGCAGCCGCCGCAGCAGUGGUGCACCAAGUGAAACGCCAUAUUCUGAGGCUUCCCCCUUCAAAUAUUCGUCCAGGAACUCACAUUCUCGGAGUGCAGACUUAGGGAGCACAAGCAGCCGCAGCAGCUGCACCAGCGUGCUUGUGAGCAGUGGGAAGACCAUUAGUGCCAACGAGGGCAACAGUACCAGCAGCAACCCACCGUGGCGCGCACAAUGGAGAGCAUUAGACGCUCUGACGAAUAGGUUGCUGCAGGGCUUGCCAAGAGCCCUAACUGUCAUUGCUGAAGGAGAAGGUGGAUCACCGGCUGCGAGGGAACCAGAGGCAGCUAUAGCAGUGGCACCUUCCGCACCAGAGACAAGAGAGGCAGGGUAUCCAGUGCCCUCGGGACAGCUGACUCUUGAUUGCACAAGGCAGGUGCGCUGGUCUUUUGUGCUACUGCAGUUAUGCGAGAAAGAAAGUCAAGAGGUAGCGGCGCAGCGCGAGGACAUUGAUAACAGCGGCAUGCACGAGGGAAACGACGAGUCUUCGGAGGUCCACCAGCUUCUGAAGCGCCGGAUCAUGAAACGCGGCUUUGCGGUCGCUUCGUCAGCAGCAGAACGGCUGCUUAUGCAGCCAGCGAAGUCAAGGGAUGAAUGGAAAGAGCUGUGUGAAGGGACAGAAGAUUCGCUACAACGGCAAAUGCGCCACCAGAUUGACCCACUGGCUCAGCCGAUUACUCGAGACCUACAGCAACUGGAGGAGGCGCUAGAGGCUGCAGCAAGCCGGGCUGAGGGAGCUGCGGAGGCGAAGCGUCUACGUCUUAGUAGGGAAUCGUGGGAGUCGGGUUUCGUCGCUCUGGCGGAAGAGCGUCACGUUGCGCUGCAGUCUGCCGCCAACAACGUCGACUCUGCAGCAGCCUCAUUGGGCGGUCUGCUGGAACAGGAGACACAGCUGGCGGAUGAAAUAGCGGCCAUGAAGGCGGAGAUCAGAGGCUUUGACAACACUAGCGACGACCUGCGGCUUCUGGCAGAUAUUCGCCACAAGGAGAGCAUUGUGAAGGCAUUUGAACGGCUUAGUGGCGUCCGAAUACAGCGAGUCAGCACUACAGGACUAGUCGCCGAGCUGGUUUGGCCGCGGUCCCUUCCUGCUGCGGCUGCUCUCCAAGUACCGGCCGACGAUUGUGCUAGGGAUGCACUCUCGCCUCAAGCAUGCACUAGCAAGCUAUUUAAUCGCCUUUGUGGAGCGGCUGAUUACCCCGCAUCGUCGACGAGAAUCACGAUUUCGUGGAGUAGAGAAGAGACAAAGGAAACACAGCGGCACAUGCAACCAGCUCCUGCCCCCUUUUCCAUGGCAGCAGGAACUGCAGCUGCUGCAAUUGCAGCCGAGCCAGCCACUCCGAUUCGACAGCGAGUGCAGAUCGUGAGGCCAUGCCUUCCCCCAGGAGGUUUUUCCACCGACUCUGCAGUAUGCACGCCGCUGUUGGCUCCUCACGGAGGAAGAGCGUACGGGGCGGAUACAACAGCCUCAGCAGAUGGCGCGGCUCCGUCUACAGCAGACGUUGCAGCGGGGCGUAAAGGUGGUGCCGUGCCUGAGUGGAACCAGCCGCAACCGCCGUCAGCUGCAGCCGGAGAACCACGAUUCUUGCCCAUAACCAGCUGCAAGCUGCAGUCUAGCUUCCCUGUCUUACGCGCUGUCGCCGCAGCUGCUGCUUCGGGAACCGCAGGCGGUGCAACAAAUGCAGAGGCCUUGCCACCUCAUAGACGAUGGAUGGCCACCGUAGAACAGCUACGCUACUUUCUUUUGGGAGCCGUGCAACGAUCGCUGCAACACAUGCUGGUGCAGCAAGGAUGUAGCCAUGGCCGAAACGACGCGGCAGUCCGCUCAGGCCAGGAGACGUCUUAUUUGGCAGGAGCCGCUACUGGAUCUCAUCUGCCCAGCCUUGGGAUGAGGGGGCUUAGUGGCAGCGGCGAUAUGAGCAGUCGGUCGUCUACUGAGACCGGCAGCAAUAGCAGCGGAGCAGAACCUGCUGAAGGCCGUCGCCGGCCUGCUGGGGAUCCUCCCUUCCCGGAUUUGUCCACCGUCAGGGCCUUGCUGCUGCAUGCACAUGCAGCUGCCGGGAGGGUCGCUCUGCUUCAUGACCAGUUGCUCCUGCUCCUUCACGCCUUCACGAGUGUCACGUCUGUUGGCUUUGAUGACAGAGGAGAGGAGUCGUCGCUGCCUCGUCUAGUUUUCAAGACUUUUCUAGCGCCCUCCAACGACGAGUUGCCCGUGCUGCAGAUGUGUCUUACAAUCGACUUAGGUGAAGCGCUUGCACGCGGUUCUCUAUUGCUUGCGGUAGAGGCUGUAGAGGUAAAGUGUCUUUCAGCGCUUGACGAUAUGUGCACUGACGGCCAAGAAGCAUGCAAGGCCCUGCAGAGCGCCUUUCAAAUGCGUCUCGAGGCCUUGUGGGACUCAGAGAAACAAACGCUCUCGUCCGAAGGGUGCAUAAAGGCAUUCUCUGACCAGGGACUCGUGGAGUGUCUGUACUCCGCAUGCGAUGAAUGUGGCUAUUCCCGUGCAGUAGAAAACUGGCGACCAGAUCACGUUGCAGCACCAUAUCCAGAAGGAGACGAUUUUCUCUCCUUUGCUCUAUGGGGAUCUGCAGAGGCCGGAGCAUUAGAACGAUGGACAGAACUUCUGGAGGACGCUGGUAUUGCGGCCCUUCCCUCAUAG